AUGAAGGUAGUGAUCAUAAACACCGAGUACGUGGAAACCGACGCCGGGAACUUCAAGUCUGUGGUUCAGAGGCUCACCGGCAAAGACUCCACGAUAGAAUGCAAGCGGCCGGAAUCGGCCUUGAAUCGGAGGUCGGCGGUGUCUCGCGUAGAUCAGCCCAUGCCUACUGGUAAUUCGGUUUUCUCAAGAGGAGUUUCGUUCAAGGACUUUGAUAGAUUGCUCAAGGAGCUCCCUCCUUUUGAUGAGCUUUAUCGCCUCUGUGCUGAUAAUUAG